AGGAAAUGAGGUCAUGUAUAUCAUGCGAAGAGGCGAAAUGUACUGCAUAACGUUACUGUAAUACUGUUUCAAGUGCCAUCUAUAAGAAGUGUUCGGUAUCUAGAGCUUAACUACAGAAGUUCGUCGUCAGGAGAAAACUCGCAAACGAGAUAACACACAAAUACAAACAUCAUGAAGGAAGCAAUCGUCAAGAAAGACACAUCCGUCGAGAUCAUCGACUCUCCGAUUCCUAAGCCAGGCCCUGGUGACGUGCUCAUCAAGGUUGUCAUUGCAGGCACCAACCCCAAGGAUUGGAAGAUCCCGAUUUGGCUCGGCGAAGAAAACAACAGCGGUGACGACAUCGCCGGUAUUGUCGAAGCCGUAGGCGAAAAUGUCGUCGGCUUCCACAAAGGCGACCGCGUAGCUGCAUUCCAUGAGAUGAGAACUCCCCACGGUGCUUUUGCCGAGUACGCGACCGCGCCAUACUACACAACUUUCCAUAUCCCCGAUUCGGUGUCUUUCGAAGAGGCUGCUACCAUCCCUCUCGCCGCGUACACUUCUGUCUGCGCUUUGUUCCAGGAGCUUGAGAUCCCCGAGCCUUGGUCCCCGCUUGCCAAGACUGAGGCCAAGCGUCCUCUUCUCGUUUAUGGAGCUAGCACCGCUACUGGAGCUUACGGUAUCAAGCUCGCCGCAGCUGCGAAUGUUCAUCCGAUCAUUGCAGUUGGAAGCCAGCGCAGUGCAUUUAUCAAGCCAUUCCUCGACGAGAGCAAGGGCGACGCUCUUGUUGAUUACACCGCUUACAAGACUGAGGAAGAGCUGGUCAAGGCAAUCCAAGAAGCUCUCAAGAAGGGGGGUGCUCCGGAUGGUCGAUGCUGGAAAGCCUUUGACAGUGUGUCUGAAGAUUCAACCAUCAGAACUGUUACCAAGGCCAUCGCCGGUCCUCCAGACUCGACUGGCCGAAAGCCAAAGCUGACCAAUAUCUUGAUGAAGACUGAAGUCGAGGGUGCUGACCCGAGCGUCGAUGUUGUUGUUUCGAAGGUUAGCCAUGUUCAUGACAAGGAUGAGAAGAACAAGCUCCUUGGUGUUGUAUGGGGUGCAGCGUUUGCUAGGGGUCUUCGAGAGGGUUGGUUCACAGCCCAUCCUUACGUCAUUGGUAAGAACGGCCUAGAAGGUCUCUCUGAGGGUCUGAAGGGUUUGAAGGAGGGCAAGACACGAGCUCAGAAGUUCUUGACUGUUAUUGGCGAGACACCAGGAGUCAGCGCUUAAGCUUGGAACAAGAUGCCUGAUGGCCCGUUUGUCUACAGUACAUAAUAGUCCCAGCAAAGUCUAUAGUCUAAUCUAACUUUUUAAGCGAGUCUAUACGCCUUUUUAUCUUCGUAAACUUUUCUCAUCACACGUUUAAUGGUAUCGAUAGCAUAAUGUGAAACGUUCGUUUCUGACGUUGUAAGAACGCUUUUAACCUGAUCAGGCGUCCACAUGAG